GCUGCCACAGUCAACACUGACACUCCUGAGCCAUGAAGACCCUGGUCAUUGUUGCCGCCCUGGCCGCCUUCUGCUUGGUGGACACAAGCGCUGCCCCAGAGGCUGAGCCCGGGUACCUUGGUGGCUUCGGAGGCUUUGGAGGUUUCGGUCGAGGCUUUGGGUUAGGAUACGGAGGAUAUGGAGGAUACGGAGGAUAUGGAGGAUACGGAGGCUUCUAUCGUGGAAAGAGGAGCGCUGAGCCUGAAGCUAAUCCUGGUUACCUAGGUGGCUUCGGUGGCUUUGGAGGUUUCGGUCGAGGCUUUGGGUUAGGAUAUGGAGGAUACGGAGGAUAUGGAGGAUAUGGAGGAUACGGAGGAUAUGGAGGAUAUGGAGGAUACGGAGGCUUCUACCGUGGAAAGAGGAGCGCUGAGCCUGCUGCUAAGCCUGAAGCUAAGCCUGCUGCUAAGCCUGAAGCUAAGCCUGCUGCUGACCCUAAAGCUACGCCUGCUGCUCAGCCUGAAGCUAAGCCUGGUUACCUAGGCGGCUUUGGUGGCUUCGGAGGUUUCGGAAGAGGCUAUGGUGGAUAUGGGGGUUAUGGAGGAUACGGAGGCUAUGGAGGCUAUGGAGGCUAUGGGUACUAUGGCUAAACUUUUACUGUUGUCAACUGACUGACCCAUUUCCUUACUUUAAAUAAAAAAAAAAUUAAACAAAAAAUAUAGAUCUGAAACAUC